CAAACAGGUGUCAAGCUGUCUCAUUCAUUCUUGAUGUAUGUGAACCUCUCCUUCGAUGGAUGCAUGCUUCCAUUGAAACCCAGGACAGGUUUAUUCAUUCAACUCUUUGGCUUGCUGAGCUAAAGUUGGGUACUUGAACUAACUGAUCUUGCUUGGUUGAUAGACUGUGUUCUGUGUGUGGCAUGGUCAGCACGACAGCUCUCUUCUGCAUUCAGUAUCUCCUCGUUUGAACUGUUCACGAUCCCCCCAAGUAAUACCCAGGUCUCCAACUUGCUUCCUUAUUAUCAAAUCUAUCUAUCUAUCUAUCUAUCUAUCAGGCUUGACCAUGACAUCAACCCUGGACGAUAAACCAAAAGGCAAUCAGGAUGAUGACUCGAGUGAGCAUUCGCUCACCAUGGACAAUCUCCUGGAACCGGAGAGUCCGGAACCUGCCAAGACUCCUCCUGUCUCCCCCAAACGCAUCAAGGGAAGGCAAUCUCCCAAAUAUCUUUCGGAUAAGGGAGAAUCUUCGGAUGCUACCCCUCGAAGGACCAAGAGGAUGAAAGACACUUCCAACCAAUCCAGAUCCAUGAGUCCUGCCCCCGUUUCCAGGAGGGUAUUGUCUUCCAAUAGAACUCCUCAGAGUAUUAAGAAGCCUGUACUCAGGCUUCCCAGCAAGGGAGAUCGCCGUGGAAAGAUGAGAAUAGCAGCAGGUUUUCUAUCGGAAAGAUCCCUGGGCAAAGGUGAAAUUUCCGAAAAGUUCAAGGAUCUCCUAGCGGAUUCUGAUGAUGAGGAGGAGGAAAAAGAGAAGGAUACCAAAAAGGGAUAUAAGAAUGUCAAAAACAAGAAAUCACCUUCCCAGCCACACCCAUCCAAAUCACCUUCCCAACCGCAUCCAUCCAGACCACGUCCUUCAUUGGUGGAAUUCAGACGUACCAUUAGUUCUUCCAAACUACAAAUUGCUUUUGAUCUCGACAUGAACAGUAGCAGCCACACUAGCAAGAGUGCCAGCAAGCUUCGCACCAGCAGAUCCAAAUCUCCCGCCGUUCUACCCAUUCGAUCACCCAAGCGGAGCGAGCAAUUAAAACGCAACAAAACUUUGCCCGAGGGUGCCCAACAAGUGGAAACUGCAGAUACCAAAGCCAAAACCAUGAAAAAUCACUUUGUCAUUCCCACCAAACGGAAAAAGACACCCCCUCGAUCGGCUUCCUACGGGAGUGGUGAAUUCAUACUAGCAGACGAAAAGUUCAAAGAAAAGGCAAACCGAUCGGCUACCGGCAUUUUCAUGCGAUCGAUUGCAAAACCGUCCACUGCCAUGCGAUCGUCUUCUACAGGGGAUGCAUUCACUUCUUCUUCUUCUUCCAAAACAACCACCAAGAAAACAGCCUCCAGCAUAUUGGCACCCAAAAAGACGCCGGCGUACAAGAGAUUAGGAAAGAUGAUAGCGUCACCACCCGUAUCACCAAAAAGAAAGAACAAGGGGUUCCUCAGUGCCAGCAGCAGUGGAACAUCCUCUCCCAUUACUCCAUCGGAAAAAUCCAAAAAGCCGUACCGAAAGCUGGGAAGCAAACUGACCGAAAAGUUCUCCAACAGCGUUUCAGGGUUCUCCAACAGUGUAUCCGGUCUCUUUUUGGACUUGGGUGGAUCCAACUCCGAUCUGCAACUGGACGACGAGUUUACCAAAAAGAGCGGAUCUUCCAUGGCUUCCAUGGGAUCAUCGGUUGGAUCGCUUUCGGAAAUGGAUGUACCGUCACCCAAACACAAAAAGAAAACGACCAGGGAAGCACGAAAGGCCAAAAAGAGUGCCAUUCGGCGACUCUCAGCCUCGUUUUCAAAAUUUGAGGAAGUGAAGCGGCAAAUGCCGGCCAAAGAAGCUAGCGCCAAGUCGGAGCUGGAAGCACUCAAGGAAAUCAAAGCCAAAAAGCUCGCCAAGAAAAAGGCAAGGAAAGAAAAAGACGCAACAACCACCAACAAAACCACAGAAAAGACAAAGAAAAAGAGGAGUAAGAGUCCCCAUCGCGGUGACAAAGCAGCAAAGGCCAAGAAACCUGAUGGCGAAAAGAAAAAGAGAAGACAAGUCUCUAGAUCGGCCACAUUUGACGUAAGCAAGGAUCCAGCAGUCAAGAAACGAAUCAGCGCUGGAGCACUACUAGUACAGGGAGAUGCUCCUGACUCCCCACCACAACUGCGACGAGCAAGCUCGGAUUUGGCCACAUACUUUCGCAACUCGGCCAACACUUUCCUCGGCGGUAAAGGGACAGAGAAACCUCGCAAAAAGAAAACUACCAAGAAGAAGGAAAAGCACACACAAGAAAAGAGAACUAGGUCAUCCAGCCAUUCGAAACGUCUUCUUCCCGAUGAUGUUCCAAAGGCAAAGUCAGCAUCACGUGGAGAAAAACCAAGGUCGUCUACUGGCCUCCUUGAUAUUCCAAAGGUGAUAACGGCAAAGGCUGAGGCAGAAAUGCGGGUGUGCUCUGAGGACAACCUUGGAACUGAUUUUGUAGCGUCAACAGCAACAACAACUGUACCGGCAGAAAAGCAAAGAUCUAAGGCAGGAGCAAAGUCAGAAAGGCGGAGGUCUUCAGGGGCCCGUCUUCGUACAGAUGCUUCGAAGGGAAAGUCAGCGGACGAAACGGAAAGGCGAGGGUCGACAGGGGUUGCUACGAAGAGAAAAUCAGAGACAUCAAAGGACAGGCGAGGGUCUUCAGGGGCCCGUCUUCAAACGGAUAUUCCGAAGGGAAAAUCGGACGAACGAAAAGAAAAGCAAGGGUCGUCUCAGAGACGCCUCCAAACUCACUUGGACCUGUCGAAGAGCGAGAACAGCGAUACAACCCGACCAUCAGCGAGAACAGCCGUAGUAAAGCAACCAGUGGCAGAGAAACAAACAGCAGCAGCAUCGACAACCUUGCAAAAACAGCCAGUCGCAGAGAUACCAUCAUCGACAUCAGAGGCCUUUCAAUCCAAAGCAGAUGCCACAAAGGACAGGCUUUCAGGGGCUGCGUCAAGUAGACCACCAGAAUCAAGUCAAGUGGGCAAAAGCAAAAGUACCAAACCGUCUGGUGGAUCCAUGGCCGAUGCAUGGGGCGCAUCACAGAACUUGUCGGACUCUCUGCACCAAUCAAUGGACGCACACGCCAAAAAGAAAUCAUGGGAUUUGAUGAAGGUGCUUUUAGAUUCGGCGGAACGCCCUCACAAUUUGAGUAUUCCGGGUUUCCCAACAGUGGAUGAUGGUGUCGUCGAAGAGAAGAUUCAACGACAUGAAAGGGCUGGUGCAAUGGAGACUCAGGCGCCUUCAGAGGGACAGCGACACGAAGCCAUGGAAGGCGCUCAUUUAACAGUUGACACCCCAGCCGAAAGUCAAGUAUCUUCAGGGGCACAGCUGGAUAAGACCAUGGUAGACGUGCAUCCAACCAUUGACACCCCUGCCGAAUUUCAAGUGUCUUCAGAGGAACAGCGAGACAAAGCAAUGGAAGUCGCUCACUCAACAAUUGACACCGCUGCCGAAACUCAAGCGUCUUCAGGGGAACAGCAGGAUAGGACAACGGUGGACGUGCAUCCAGCAAUUGGCACCCCUGCCGAAACUCAAGUGUCUUCAGGGGAACAGCAGGAUAUGACAAUGGUGGACGUGCAUCCAACUGCAGAACCACAUGGGUCUUCAGAGGCAGAACUGGAUGAAGCAAUGGUGGAUCUAAACCCAACAAUUGACGCUUCUGGCAACGCGUACUCGACUGAAGUGAAAGCAAUUCCCGAUCACACGAUGGAGCUUGACAAUGGUACAGGGAAAGACGCGGCUGGCCAAAUGACAAGAGACACAACAGAAUCCGCUGUAUCAAGCAAGGACGUCGUAAUGGGCAGGAGCGAUGACCUUGAGCCCAAGGAUGACAAAGGCACCAUCGGUAGCGCCGCUGAGGUGGAAAACAAAAACCAGACAGUUGGUGGCAUGGAGGAGAAGAAAUUGUCAGAGGCUGUUGUGGCUGUUUUGGGUAAUGACGAAGGCUCUAAGUCGUCUUUGCCAGUGGAAUCAGAGUUUGCGAACAUGACAGAUCCAAAUACAUUGUCGAAAACAUUGCAGCAAGUAGUUCAAGAACCCCAACUGGAGCCUACGUCGUCAGCAAUCAUGUGGGGACAAGCGAGUUCAGGUCAGGCUGAUUUGCAUGCGGCGUUGCCACAGCAGGUUGCAUCAUCCACACCGCCAGUUACAAAGGAGGAACCUGGGUUCGACUGGACUCGAAAGGAUGCUGUCCGUUCGAUGGAGCAAGAAGCCAACAACAGCGAAGGCUUUGCAUUUGAUUGGAGUCAGCAAAGCUCUAGACACAGUGAAGAUGACCUUAAAGUGAACGAGAUGUUAGCGUUACUGACUGCUGCUUCCGCCGGGGCGCCGGCAAACCCUGCGGAAGAGGGAAACAGCAAAGAAGCAGAGCAGCCGCAAUUUGACUGGAGUCAGCAAGGCUCUGGACACAGUGAAGAUGACCUUAAAGUGAACGAGAUGUUAUCGUUACUGACUACUGCUUCCACCGGGGCACCGGCAGACCCUGAGGAAGAGGGAAACAGCAAAGAAGCAGAGCAGCCGCAAUUUGACUGGACAGAGAAGGAGAAGAGUGAUACCGAUCGUUCGAACGAAGAACGUGGGGAGACAGGACUGAUGUCUCUGAUAACCUCCGCCAAAACCACGGACGACGCAGCAAAACGAGGUAGCAAAAAACACGAGGAACCAGAAUUCGACUGGACCAAAGAAGCUUCGAAGUCCAAGCAAAACGUAACCGAGAUCCAAAGCGAAACUGGGCUAAUGUCAUUGAUAAAAGGUUCCAGCCAGAACGUUGAUGUUACAAAAGACAAAACCGACAAUGAACCUGCACCUAACAGGGCGAGUAAGGGCAAAUCUGAAGACCAGAAGUCGUCGUUGGCCGAUAGCAAGACUUCGCUUAUGGCUUUGAUUACCGCCGACGACGAUGCAUCUGAAGAAGACGAAGUCGUUUCGUUGUCCGACGAAAGUGACAGUGACUGCGACAGCGACGAUAGUGAUGACAGCCCUGACAACGACGAUUUGUUUGGCGGCAGUAUGCCAAACUUGAACUACAAUCCAAAGCCAGCUGCCGGUGUACCCAAAAGGAGAUACUCGUUCCUCGAUAGUGACUCAGAUAGCGACAGCGACGACAUGAGCGACAGCGAUGACGACGAUUCGUCGGAAGAUGACAGAAAGAAAAAGGGCGUGUCCAUGGCGUUGGGCAAGGAUGCAGGACAAAACCAAACGAAUGAACGCAGGGAAAGCGACGCGAGCCUAGUCGUUUCUGAUUUGGCACAGGCCGAAGAUAGCGCUUCGACAAUGCAGACGGAAGGAGCCCAAAGCAUGCCAGACCUCGACAAAGCCCGAGAUGUCAUCAAACAGCAACCAAGGGGCCCAAAGCGAGCGCCAAGAAUGUCAAUGAUAGUUGGACGUUCCGAAUCUAGCUCUGCGCUGGAGAAUGUCCAAUUCACGCCGAGCAAUUUUGUGCAGCAACGCGAAGACAGGUUCGACAAUCAUUACGAGCUAGGUCAAUUGCUUGGAGAGGGCGAGUUUGGUGAAGUGUUCAUUGGAUAUCAAAAGCAAGGCAAUGAUGGCGUCGGCGAAGAAAGAGCAAUCAAAAUCAUUGACAAGGAAAGAAUGUGCUCUGGAGACUAUGAGCAGGUGAUCAAUGAGUUUAACCUUUUGAAAGGUUUGACACAUCCAAAUCUCUUGACGUUGUACGGGUUCUACGAGGACGAAGGAAACUGUUAUAUUGUCACUGAUCUCUGCAAGGGUGGUGAAUUGUGGGAUGAACUGGACACCAGAGGAGCAUUCGGCGAAGGUGACACUGCUGCAUUCAUGACGAAUCUCUUGUCCGCCGUAAAAUUCCUGCAAUCACACAACAUCGUUCAUAGAGAUCUCAACCUGGAAAAUAUUUUGUUGGAGGAGAGCAAGGAACUGGAUCAAAUGAAGAUCAUCGAUUUCGGCUUGGCCACAAAGUACGAAGACGGAGUCAAGCUCUCUGAUUUGGUCGGCAAAGUUCAUUAUGUCGCCCCGGAGGUUCUUGAACAAUCCUACGAGGGAUCGAAAUAUGAUGUGUGGUCCUGCGGAGUGGUUUGUUUCAUUUUGCUCUCUGGGUAUGCGCCUUUCGAAGGAGACAAUGAUAUGCUAGUGAUGGAGCAAGUUACCAUCGGCAAGGUCGACUUCAAUGAUCCUGCGUGGGAAAACAUCUCAGAUGAGGCAAAGGACUUUGUUAAGUAUCUUUUGACCUAUGAGGAGGACGCACGGCCCACCGCUGCGCAGGCCUUGCAGCAUGCAUGGAUCCAGAAUUCCAUCAAGGCCAACGAAGAAACAUUCAUGCAGGAUUACGGAGAUUCCUCAGUUUCAUGUUUUGAGAAUCUUUUUGACUUUGCAUCUGAUCCUUCUCUGAAGCUCAAACAAGCCGUAUACACAUACAUCGCUUCCCAGCUUCUCCGCAAGGAAGAGAGAGAAGAGAUUGAUCGAGUGUUUCGAGGUAUGGACAGCGAUCGCGAUGGAAAGCUUUCGAAGGAAGAUAUCCGGAAGGGUUACAAACGUUUCUUCGACAAAGAACUAUCGAACAAAGAAACUGACAAGCUAUUUGAGCGCAUCAACAUGAAUGGCGAUGGCUAUGUGGAUUACACAGAAUUUGUGAUUGCGGCCAUGCAAAAGUCCAAGAUCCUGGACACCCAGAAGCUUCGGGCCGCCUUUAGUAGCUUUGACAGAGGUGAUAAGGGCUAUAUUUCAGCAAAUGAUUUGAAACUGGCCCUGGCUGGAGUGGUGGCUCUUCCCACAGACAAAGAUAUAGGCACAGAUCAGAUUAUCGACGAAAUGAUGAAGCAAGUUGACGUUGAAGGCGACGGCAAGAUCUCGUACCAGAACUUUGCGGACAUGAUGUUACACGAGUCAACUGGUCAGGUAGUGUAUAUGAGUUUCGACGACGAGGAUGGAGGGAAGAAAGCCACGACUGCCGGUGGUCAGUCCUUGAACCCUCCCAUGUCGAUGGAUUGGGCCACUGCAAGCUUCAUUGGGCAUGACUCCGACGAGAAUAUGAGCCACCACGGAGCAAUAUCGUUCCAGUCCAGUGUUGAUUCCAUCUUGGAGGACGAAUUUGAGGAUGAGGAGGAUUGAGAGCCUCGCUACUGCACAACCCAAAACCGAGAAUCUGGGCCAACUUCGAGUGACUCGAAGUUUGCAUACUCAGUCUGCCUUGACACAGUGGCUCCCUACCGGCAAUUCGCAGCUCUAGCUAGCUAGAGGUCAGGACAACAUCUCUACCCGACCAGCUUCUGGUUUGGAGGAGCGAAUAGUAUUCAUCCAUGGAUGAAUCAUUCAUUUUCAAUUGUUUUGAAGACGAGAAGGCAUCUUGCAAGGUACAGGCAAGGCACCCUCAGGGUACCGGUAUGUACUGUGCUGCUACGCAGAUGCAAUGUGUGUUAGUGUAAAUUAAAAUGCAAGUUGUAGAAUUCC